UGACCAGUAGUAACUUUGAGUUCUACUCUAUUGCUGUCGAUUUUCUGUCGCAAAAAGGUUAGGAUUCUUUUAUUUUAUUAGACAAAAAUAAUCGAUAGCCGAGCAUCACGAUGUCGGACUCCGCGGGUCGCCCCAUGAAAUUCCCCUACACUUUCAGCGCUAAGCUGGCGCAGUUCCCCUUGAAGUUCUACAUUCAGAACCAAUGGAUCUGGAAAUACUGGGCUAUCGGUAUCGUGGUCUCCCUUCCCGUCUUCUACAAGAUCAACAAACUGGCUAACUCCCCUGGCAACGUAGCCAAAUGGGCAGAGAUCAGGAGGAAGGAGGCUGCUGAGCACCACUGAAUGAAUAUAUUCUGUCUAUACCAAUAGUACUGGGUUAUAAGAAAACCGAUUUGUGUGAUUUAUUUAUGUUGUAAGCGAAUAUUAAAUCAUGUAAUAGUUA